UUGAUUUUAUUUUUAUUGGACAAAAUAAAAACGACCAAAACUAUAAUUUAAGAAUCACACACAUAUUCAUACAUUACACACUUUGGCCUAUCUAUCUAUCUCUAAGAUGGCAAUGGCAAUGGCGCUUCGUAGGCUUUCAACUUCCAUCAACAAAUCUUCACGUCCUCUUUUCAGUGCAUCUUCUGUUUACUAUAAGUCUUCUUUGCCUGAUGAAGCUGUUUACGACAAAGAGAAUCCGCGCGUUACGUGGCCAAAACAAUUGAAUUCUUCACUUGAGGAAGUUGAUCCUGAAAUUGCUGAUAUCAUUGAGCUUGAGAAAGCUAGGCAAUGGAAGGGGCUGGAACUGAUACCAUCAGAAAAUUUCACUUCUUUAUCUGUUAUGCAAGCUGUUGGUUCUAUCAUGACAAACAAAUACAGUGAAGGUUAUCCUGGAGCAAGAUAUUAUGGAGGAAAUGAGUAUAUUGACAUGGCAGAAACACUAUGCCAGAAGCGUGCCUUGGAAGCAUUUCGGUUGGAUCCUGCUAAAUGGGGAGUGAACGUGCAGCCUCUAUCUGGUUCACCUUCAAAUUUUCAAGUUUACACUGCAUUGUUGAAACCUCAUGAUAGAAUCAUGGCACUUGAUCUCCCUCAUGGAGGUCAUCUUUCUCAUGGAUACCAGACCGACACCAAAAAGAUAUCCGCAGUCUCUAUAUUUUUUGAGACAAUGCCAUAUAGAUUGGAUGAAAGCACAGGAUACAUUGACUAUGACCAGCUAGAGAAAUCGGCUACACUCUUCAGGCCAAAAUUAAUAGUUGCUGGUGCUAGUGCCUAUGCACGUCUGUAUGAUUAUGCUCGCGUUCGCAAGGUGUGCGACAAACAGAAAGCUGUGUUGUUAGCAGAUAUGGCACACAUCAGUGGAUUGGUUGCAGCUGGUGUUAUCCCUUCACCUUUUGAUUAUGCAGAUAUAGUGACUACGACAACUCACAAGUCACUUCGUGGACCACGUGGAGCUAUGAUCUUUUUCAGGAAGGGAUUAAAAGAAGUCAACAAACAAGGAAAAGAGGUGUUCUAUGAUUAUGAGGACAAAAUCAAUCAAGCUGUCUUCCCCGGACUACAAGGCGGUCCUCACAACCAUACCAUUACUGGUUUAGCUGUUGCAUUGAAGCAGGCUACAACUCCCGAGUAUAAAGCAUAUCAAGAGCAGGUUCUCAGCAAUUCCGCAAAAUUUGCACAGGCUUUGACUGAGAAAGGCUAUGAGCUUGUUUCUGGUGGGACUGAGAAUCAUUUAGUUUUGGUGAAUUUGAAGAACAAGGGUAUAGAUGGAUCCAGAGUUGAGAAGGUGUUGGAAUCUGUACAUAUUGCAGCUAAUAAAAACACAGUUCCAGGAGAUGUGUCUGCUAUGGUUCCCGGUGGAAUCAGGAUGGGAACUCCUGCUCUUACUUCAAGGGGAUUUGUUGAGGAGGAUUUCGUUAAGGUCGCCGAGUAUUUUGAUGCAUCUGUGAACUUGGCUUUGAAGAUUAAGUCAGAGAGCAAAGGAACAAAAUUAAAGGACUUCGUGGAAACAUUGCAGUCAUCCUCUUACGUGCAAUCAGAGAUUGCCAAGCUUCGCCAUGAUGUUGAGGAGUUCGCAAAACAAUUUCCAACCAUUGGUUUUGAAAAAUCAACCAUGAAGUACAAGAAAUAAGAAAAAUUUCCAUCAGCGGUGGUUAAUAUCAUGGUCAAGCAGUUCAAGGUGAUCAGUUUUCCUGAUCAAUGGAAGAGGAGGAUAUAUAUAGCAGAUGGAAAACAUUAGGCUGGAACUUUCUUAUGUAUGGAACUAGAAAAACUUGAUCAGAUAUCUUCUUGCAAUGUAUAGAUACAUCAUCUAUUUAUAAUCUAUUAAAUGUGAAUUGCGACUCACAAGCAUUUAAGUUGUCA